AUGUUCUGCACCUUGGCCGGCUACCGUUGGCUGAACAGUGGCUCGCUACUGAGACGUUUGUCGCAGCGAGCAGUGCGCCGCUUGCCGACAGCACCGCUGUGCCACCUGCACAACGGCGCCACUGAAAGCGCAGCCUCAAACGGAGCUCUACGCAUUGUCGACGAAAAGGUUGCCUACCGACGCUAUGCAACCGUGUUUGAACGAACUGUACAGUACCCGGACGGCCGCCACGUCACUUAUGACAUUCUCGGUCAGCCGGCCGUUCAGAGCGCCUCGGUGCUGGUGUUUCCCUUUGAUACGCAAAGCAAAACCUGCUACGUUAUUCGAGAGUACUGUCCAGGUCCGAACCGUGUACUCUAUGGCUUUCCAGCUGGUAUGGUCGAAACGAAACACGAAUCAUUGGAAGCCGCUGCUCGGGCAGAGCUUUCGGAGGAAGCACAUCUGCGUUGUGCGCAACUCAUCGAUCUGACAGCUCAGGCCGCAGUUUGGGAGCGGUCCUUCGAAGUGCCGAAUACCGCAUCAGAUGCUGAGAACUGUCUGCGAGGAUUCUUCGCUGACAAGUACUCCCGGAAUGUCUGCAAAAUGUAUUUGGCGUUGAAUCCCGAGCCCGAUGGACACCCCGGCUCGAUGGACGCUGAGGAGCUUAUCGAGCAGGUUGGUGCGGUACGGGUGCCGCAGUUGGAAGCGUGGCUCUGGAGUGGUCAAAUGACCAUGCCACACAUGCUGCUCGCGAUGUGCGCGUUGACUUACCUGCGACAGCGCGGGAUGCUGACGUAG